AUGGCCAUUGAAAGUCAUAUCAAAACGAUGUUGGCCAAUGACAUCCAGCUUUCGGCAGCAUCUUCUGAGGCUCUUGACGAAAUGACCCUGACAGAUUCCAAAAGGUGGAGUAUCGCCAGAUGCAUGCUGGCUGCAGGAUGUGGCGCUUUGAGCGGAUUAGUGUCCAGCUUGGGCUUUGCUGCUGCUCUUUUCAGCCCAGCAAGCAUUGCGGCUAUUAGUGCAGGAGCCUUUCUAGCUGCUGCCGGUGGUGCUGCUUUGCUCUUUGGCCUCAGUGAGGAGGUCAUCGAGGAGGUCAGCAAGGACUACGUGAAGCAAUGUUUUGAGGCGAUCUAUGAGCAGCAGUCAAAAAGGGUUCACACAUGGGUCAAACAAGAGUUUGCAUGCCUCAUCACUCACUACAGCGAGGAGGUGCAGGAAAGGAAGAAACAAGUGGAAGAGUUCCAAGCUUCGGCAGACGACGGUUUAGUUCCAGCCGGCUUUGAAGAGGAUGUGAAGGCGCUUAUGGCCGAUUUCUUUGCGCUCAAGGAGCAGGCGCUUGCUUUGGCAAAGAAAGCCAGCGUUGAGUGA